UAAACAGCUCAUGACAAGCGGCUGUAGGUGUUUACACUGCCAUGCUAACGCCUGGAUGAUCUGACGGACCCACGGAUAACAGGAUCCAGACUUCCAGCUCCUUAUGGCUGUAUAUGAUGAGAACAUCCUGAAGAAUACUUUCUACUUGGCGCUGGAGAAGCAGAGACCGGACCUCUGCAGCCGAGUGGCAGAGCUCCACGGCAUCGUCCUCGUUCCCUGCUGUGGAAGUUUGAGCGUCAGCAGCUUCACAGACUCUCAGUUCGACAGCUAUGUCCUGCAGCCGGUGGAGGACGGAUACCAGACUGCGGACGGAAAGGAGGUCAGGAUCCAGGACAGGCAGGUCCUGCUGGGAUCCGGCUUCCCGGCUCCGGCGUCGGUCCCGAUCCUGUUCGAGGAAACCUUCUACAACGACCAGGAGCAGAGCUACAGCAUCCUGUGCAUCUCCCGGCCCGUCGAGGUGGAACCCAGCCCCGCCGAGAACAACCCGCCGCCCCCUUACUGCCUGAAGAGCGUGGAGGACGUCAGGGAGUUCCUGGGCAGCCACGCCCAGAAACUGGACAAGUUCGUCCACGGCUUCUGUCAGGCCUUCAAGGAGCAGGAGAGGAAGGGACUGCGACACCACAUCGACUCGGUGAACGGUCUCUACACUAAGUGUCUUCAGUGUCUGCUGAGAGACUCUCGCCUGAAACUCCUGGCCAAGCAGGAGCUUCAGAUGACUCUACUCAAACAGGCGGUGGAGAUGUAUGUUCAUCAUGGUAUCCAUGAUUUAAUCUUUAACUUUGUGGGAACGCUUGAAGCCAGCCAGGACGCUGCCUUCAACAAAACCACCAGGAGUCUGCAGGAGCUGCAGCAGAAAGACCUCGGAGUGAAACCUGAGUUCAGUAUAAACUUGUCCCGGGCAAAGAGAGAGCUGAGUCAGCUCAACCAGAAAACCUCCCCGCUCCUCAAACUGCUCUGCCUGCGCAGAGUCACCGUGACGGCCACGCAGACCCCCAGACGCACCGUCAGCAUCGAGGCCGUGAGCGCGGACGACCUGCUCUCCGUCAUCCUCUACCUGCUGGUGAAGACGGAAAUCCCCAACUGGAUGGCCAAUCUGAGCUACAUCAGGAACUUCUGCUUCAGCCACUCCAGUAAAGAUGAACUCAGCUACUGUCUGAGCACCUUCGAGGCCGCAGUGGAGUACAUCAACCUGGGGAAGCUGCAGGACACACACUCUGGCUCAGGUGAGCUGAACGACAAGGCGCUGUUCAAAGAGAGGAUGAGGUCGUUGUCUCAGAGCGCCGCCACGCCCAUCAACUGUCUGUUUGAGCACAUAGCGAAUGGAAGCGAGGCCGAGGUUGAACGGCUGCUGAGCGAAGGAGAGAUGGAUGAGGACGUCAGGAUGUGUCACCCCCUCUGCUCCUGUGACCUCUGUGACCUCCAGCUGUCCGGGCGGCUGAACGACCCGUCCAUCGUCACGCCGUUCUCCAGAGACGAUCGAGGUUACACUCCACUGCACGUCGCUGCUAUCUGUGGUCAGGCCCAGCUGAUAGACCUGCUGGUGUGUAAAGGAGCGCCGGUCAACGCCACGGACUACCACGCCCUCACACCGCUGCACCUGGCCUGCCAACGAGGAUACCAGGGAGUCACGCUGCUGCUGCUGCACUACAAGGCCAACACAGACGCUCAGGACAACAACGGCAACACGCCGCUGCACCUCGCCUGCAUGUACGGGCACGAGGACUGUGUGAAGGCCUUGGUGUACUACGACGUCCAAACGUGCCGUCUGGACCUGCAGAACGACAAAGGCGACACGGCGCUGCACAUGGCGGCUCGAUGGGGCUACGAGGGAAUCAUCCAGGUGCUGCUGGAGAACGGAGCCGUCACCGACAUCCCCAACAAGAGCAAAGAGUCGCCGCUGCAGUGUGCGCUCAACUCCAAGAUCCUCAUGUUGUUGCAGUCGUCUCAGAGCAGCCGUCAGCGCAGCGGCAGCAGAGUUGAUUCUCCCAGUCGCUCCCCUCUGGCCUCAGACUGCAGCAGCCGUCGCUCCUCCAUCUCCAGCAGCUCCUCUCUGGGCUCCGAGGCCAAACCAGAGGGAGAACGGGUCCGACACAGAGAGGUGGAGAAGCUGCUGCGCGCCGUGGCAGACGGUGAUGUGGAGAUGGUGCGUUACCUGUUGGAGUGGAUGGAUGAGGAAGAGGAAGAUGAAGGAGAGAUUCGGUCUGAGGCUCUGCUCUGCCACCCGCUGUGCCAGUGUCCGAACUGCGCUCCCACCCAGAAGUUGUCUGUUCUCCAGGCCGGAGCUCUCGGCGUCAACAGCUGUAACGUCGACGGCUUCACGCCGCUCCACGUCGCCGCCCUGCAUGGCCACUCAGGGCUGGCCGCCCUGCUGAUCCGCCACGGAGCCAAUGUCAACUCCCGCACCAACCAAAGCGCCACGCCGCUUCACCUAGCGAGCCAGAACAGCCACGUCCAGGUGGUGAGGUUUCUGCUGGAGUGCAACGCCAAACUGAAUAAGAAGGAUCACUAUGGCAACACACCUCUGAUACACGCCUGUCUCUGUGGAAACCUGGAGACGGUCAACACCCUGCUACAGAGCAACGCGCUGGUGAACAUUGCGAACCUUCAGGGGAACACGGCGCUCCACGAGGCGGUGCGGGGGGGACACCAGGCGCUGGUGGAGCUGCUGCUGAGGGGCGGAGCCUCGCCGGGCCUCAGGAACAAGAGGCAGAGGACGCCGCUGGACUGCGCCUACGAGCUGGGCGGCAAGAACACUGAGAUCCUGAGAGCUCUGCAGAAAGCGUCCGGACUUUCCCCCGACGCCGAGCCGAUCAAACUCCUCUCUGUGCCCAAAGGAGCUCUGGCUCAUUCGUUCGUGCAGCGCCUGCGGCUGCAGGAUCACUCCAACGGCAGGAAGCAGAAACUGGCUCAGUCCAUCAGCAGGAUUCAGCAGAUGAAGAAAGGUUCCUCAGGUCCCUCCCCCAGGUGUUCACCGACCCUCAACCAGGUGAAUCCAGACAGGAGGCGGCUGAGGCGAGGGGAGACGGUGGAGGUCAGCAGCCCCUCGGGGAGCCUGGAGUCCGGGCCCCGGCUGAGAGAGCGGCCCCUGGGUCGCUGUCACACCCUGGACUCCGGAGAACGCGCUCCGGAGCGUCUGCAGUCGAGACACGCUCCGGACACGAGCGACGACGCGCAGCCUGACGUCAACGAAACUCACUCCGCCGACGACUCCAGCUGCAGCAGCGGCAGCAAGACCUCACCCUCCCCCCCGCCGUCGAGCGCGUCGCCACAGGCGGAUAAUUCAUUCGAAGCCCCGCCCACACACGUCCUCACCAACCACUCUGCUUCGCACGAGACUGACCUGCCUGUGAACGGGCCGUGUGACCAGCAGAAUCACGCCGACGACGCCGAGUCCUCGCAGUCGGACGGCAAGGACGGAAACUCCAAUCCCACCCGCCCCGCUGACCUCCCCCCCCUCGUCCAGACAGGCGGGGGUGAUCCAACAGACACCGACCAAACACCGGAGACGAGUGCAGAGCGGAGGCGGGGCAACGGAGACGUCGUUGAGGAGUCCUGCAGAGCAACGACACAAACGCCAUGAGUCAGUGAACAGGAAGAAGAAGACGAAACUUAAUGUUUCUCAAGAGGAAGAAAGAGCACAUGACUCAGACUGUAGAAAAACACUGAAGUCCAACUGAUUCAUCGAGCUGCUGGACGGAGCUAAAAACCCUCCACUGUUUUAAUUAGACGCACGUCAGAGUCGGUUCGCUCAUGUCACAGCAACAUAUUUCCUCUUCCACCUCUUCAGCGCAGACGGGUUUUAUUUGUCCUGGUUUGGAGAGAAAAAGAUCCAACACUAACUUUUCUUUUCUCUAGAUUCAGUCUCUUCUUUAGAUUCAUUCGGACCAAAAACAGCUUCAUGAAACCUUCACGAGGUGCUGUGCUGUGCUGUGCUGUGCUGUGUUGUUGUUGUUGUUGUUGUCGUUGUCGCCGCCGUUGUUCCGUGUCCUUCAGAGGACGCGGUCUAUGAAGACGUGGCAAUCGUCCGUCCGUACGGACAUACGGAUGGACGGAGCGACGUCCCAUCCUCGUGGACACGAUAUCUUAGUAACGCCGUGACAGAACUUCUUCAAACUUGGCACAAACAUUCACUUGGACUCAAGGAUGAACUGAUUAUAUUUUAGUGGUCAAAGGUCAAAGGUCAAGGUCACAAAGACUUAUGAUUUUGGUCAUGUGAACGCGAUAUCUCGGGAACUCGUCAAGGGAAUUUCUUCCAAUUUCAAAAUCUAAUCAGUUCAUCAUCGAGUCCUAGUGAACCUUUGUAUGUUCUAAUUAGAUUUACAUGAUCAAAGGUUAA